AUGGAUCCUGAAUAUCUCAGUUUUGGAAGUAAUGAGGAAGAAUUUUCUGAUCUGAAGAUAUUAGAAACAUUUGGUGGCAGGGAGUUUAUAUUUGUUCUGAAAGCAUGUAUACUGGAGAGACAAAUAUUUGACUUCUUGGGCUACCAGUGGGCACCUAUCUUGGCAAAUUUUGUUCAUAUCAUUAUUGUCAUUCUUGGAUUAUUUGGAACCAUCCAGUGCAGAACACGAUAUAUAACAGGAUAUGCUGUCUGGGUCAUGGUGUGGAUAGCUUGGAAUGUAUUUAUUAUCUGUUUCUAUUUGGAAGCUGGGGACCUUUCCAGGGAAAGAGACCUUUUCAUGACAUUUAAUAUAUCAAUGCAUCGUUCCUGGUGGAUGGAAAAUGGUCCAGGAUGCAUGGUUACCUCAGUAACUCCAGCUCCAGAGUGGGCACCAGAAGAUCAUCGUUAUAUAACUAUCUCUGAGUGCUUAUUAGAGUACCAGUAUAUAGAAGUGGCACACAGCUCUCUCCAGAUCUUUUUUUCUACACUGUAG